UGUAAGAAAUUUCAUUUUAUUUGCAUAAAUCAGUGAUUGCUGCUUAAUGGCUUAGGCAACAAUAUACUUCAUUCUACGUGAUUUUCAUGCUAGCACAUCCCACAUUGGAUCCAGAUGAAACAGGUGCUUCGUCAACAACAACCGAAGAAGAGAUCCAACGAAGUCCCAUUACAGGUAAAAAGGCUAGGAAGGUUUUUUUUCUGAAAGUAUAUCUCGUGAUCACGGCACAAUUUUUGUUUCAUCUCGCGAUCGUCUUGACAUUCGUUUUUAUACCGGACCUCAGAGAAUUCUUCUUCGACUACUACUGGCUGGCGUACAUUUUUAUGGGUGGUCUCAUUCUUAUAAUCAUCAUUCUUGCGUUUUCAAAAACACUAAGGACCUGUUUCCCCUUGAACGUUUUCUUCCUUAUGCUGAUAACAGCACUGAUCGGACUUUGUUUCGGGAUGCUGACCGCUCAAGUAGAGGUGUACGGCGUCGUUUACGGUAUAGCGGCCACUGCGGCAAUAACUUUCAUCAUGACCAUAUUUGCUGUGUUUUCCCCAUUUGAUAUCCUCAGCAGAAUCAUGGUCUUCCUUCUUGUAUUUUUAAUAACAACGAUACUCGCUACGGGAACGUCGUUGGUCGCUUACCUCUUCGAUAUCGGACUUCUGCAACUCGUCAUCACAACAGCGCUUGUCAUCACCGCGUCGCUGUACUUCUUUUUCCUCACAAAGCUGAUCAUCGGAGGCCAUUUAGCCAAGCUGGAAGAAAACGAAUGGAUAUCCGCCGUCAUUUUUCUUUACUGUGCUGCUGUCAGGUUGUUGUCUACGGCCGUCGAGGUCUGCUUCGGUUUCUGCAGGUCGUAUUGAAAAGUCAACAUCUUAAGAACCGUUCGACGGACAUGCCCUCGUCGACGGCCAUGCAGAUCUGAAGGACGGGGCACUGCUCCUUACUAAGAAAUUGCCUUUAAAUAUCUAAAAAACGAGGAAACAGAUGAAAUAGGUUUACAAAAACAAAUGAAUUU